CCCAGCGGGUCUCCCUCCCUUUGCCACUGCAGUGAAAGCCUCGGCGAAGCAGAGAGAGAGAGAGAAGGCGAACCACAAGCACGAAGCUUUGGGUUUUAACGCCAGGACGAGCCCUUUCGGACAAGCUCCGGCCGCCGCGUCGAUCCGACCCUCGAUCCGCUCCUCGCCUCCUCUCGGUGGGCCUCGGUGAACCGCUUUUUCCGCUCGCAUCGCCUGGAUUUCAUCAUCCGACCCGCAAGAUGGGAAAUGAAGCCAGUUACCCCCUGGAGAUGUGCUCACAUUUCGAUGCUGAUGAGAUUAAGAGGCUAGGGAAGAGGUUUAAGAAACUCGACCUAGAUAACUCCGGCUCUCUCAGCGUGGAAGAGUUCAUGUCUCUGCCGGAGCUGCAACAGAACCCGCUGGUGCAACGGGUUAUCGACAUAUUCGACACGGACGGGAACGGAGAGGUGGACUUUAAAGAGUUUAUCGAGGGAGUCUCACAGUUCAGCGUCAAGGGGGACAAAGAACAGAAGCUUCGAUUCGCUUUCAGGAUCUACGACAUGGACAAGGACGGCUACAUCUCCAACGGCGAGCUCUUCCAGGUGCUGAAGAUGAUGGUAGGCAACAACCUGAAGGACACGCAGCUGCAGCAGAUCGUGGACAAGACCAUCAUCAACGCAGACAAGGACGGAGACGGCAGGAUAUCCUUUGAAGAGUUCUGCGCAGUGGUCGGCGGUCUCGAUAUACACAAAAAGAUGGUGGUGGACGUGUGAGCGCCUCGGCUCGCUGGAUCCUCCCCUUCUGUCCUCAACACUCGCUUUCUCCACCAUCUCUGAAGAUCUGCUCAAGACGUCCGGCAAAACGCUCUCUGUGUAACUCAAUGGAAGUAUUCUCUCUCUUUUAUCUCUCUCUUUUAUCUCUUUCUCUCUCUGUGAAGCCACUUUUUCUUUUUCAAAAACACAAAAACAAAGAAAAAACACAAAACCCCACGGGCCUCGCGAAGCCAACUUUGAAGUGUUACGGGACUGAAAUCCUCUCGGACCGAAGGACGACGAGGGGAUGCUGGUUGGCUCGUUCAUGUUUCAUCCUUUCUUUUCUUUUUUUUUUUGUUGAUUAUUUUUGAUAUUUAUUUUUUUUGUUCUUGUCUUUUAUAAAGAAGAAAAAAAUACAAGUUAUAUCCGAGGGGAAAGUGUGCAGAGAACCAACAGCUAGAUCGUAGGGUAUGAAGUGCCAACCAGAACAUAUCCAGACAUUUACCCGUCAAAGUUGUCCCGUUUCUCCUUCUCCGUUUCCGACCGGUAAAAGCAACUCCUGUUUAUUCUUUUUUGUUUGUUUUAUUUAUGCUUAAAGAAUCAUAACGUCGGUAGAUAAAUUAAUGCCAAGAAAAUGUCUUUCCAAAACACUCGUCGAAGCAUCCAUGAGACCACCUCCUCCGAUCGCACCGACUAUUCUGAUUAUUUCUGUAGGUUUAGGAACACAAAGCGGGACGGUUUCAGCUCAGUGGUGAGGUUAGACUCUGAGGGCGUUUAAGAGACUUAUCUGCAGGCAGCGUUUUCUUUUCUUUCUUUUUUUUUUUUAACCGAUAUGUGUAUAUUAGGUACCGGACGUGUGCUCGUCUUAUUUAACAGCGAGGAGAGAAGCCGAUGGUUCUGAACCGGCAGCAGCUCAGGACGGCUCGCUUCCUCCCUCAACACUUCAGAUCUUAAAACACGUUGGCAUGAACAGUGUGCAAUGAGGUAGACUGUAUAUUGUAGUUUGUUUUUUUCUGAUCGUGUACAUUUCAAAAGUUGGCUUCUUCUUCUUUCUUUUUUUUUUCUUUUUUUCUGUCACAAUCAUUUUCUCCCCCUCCCAUCCACUAACAGGGAGAAAACUAAAAAAAAAAAAUCAACCAAAAUUUUAAUUUUCCAAGGGGAAAGGAGAAAAAAACCGCUUCCUACUAUAAACAGCUUUUGGGAUAGCUUUUUUUUUUUUUUUUAAUUUCAUGGUUUCUUUCGGCUUCGGAGGCCGGCUGCCGGUUCCAGCAGGAAGUCGUCUUCGGUCCCCGUUAUCCCGGAGCUCUGCACGGCUUGGGCCUCCCUGUGCUUGCAUGACAUGGAAGUAUAUUUUUUGUUGUGCAUGUAGAUCAAUUUUUUGAAAUAAUCCUCUUGUUUACACAUGGAUGGUGAUGUUAAUAUAUUUAAGAGUUUAAAUGGUAUACAAAUAUGGAUGUUGCCAAACUUUGGUAAAUGUACACAUAUUCUGAGAGGUAAUCCAAACGAACUGAACUACAUGUAAACUUUUUUGUAUUUUACCCGGGUCAGCCAGAUGCUUCGAUUCCAGUAAAAGUCGCAUAUCUGAUCCUGUCUCAAACUGCCACACACUGUACUCAGCUUAAAGGGGAAAACAAUUUGAUGUUCUUUUUUUUUGUUUUGUUCUUUUCUUUCUUUUGUAUAUAAGUAUUUGUUAAAUGCAGUUCUGGCUCUCUGUUCUCUGUAUAGUUCAGACCGCGCUUUAGUUUGUAAGUGCUACUUUUUUCUCUGAGGGACUUGGGUUCUUUUUAGUUCGUGUGGGGAUCUCUGAAAAGAUUUACGUUUGAGAACCUUUUUUUCCUUUUCUGCAUGCUGCAUCUUAUGCUGUGGGACUGUUGGAAACUUGAUACUGUAUGAAAAUUAAAUAAAAUUUAAAUAAACUUUGAAAUGUUGAAAGUAAAA